AGCGGCGGGAGUCGGGGCUUGCCGCGGGGCUCGGAGCUGAGAGCGCGGCGUGGCCUAGAGCGGCAGACCGUCCAGUGGGCCCAAGAGGAGGCGCAGCAGCCGCCCUGGCCCGUCAUGGAGAUGGAAAAGGAGUUCGAACAGAUCGACAAGGCCGGGAGCUGGGCGGCCAUUUACCAGGAUAUCCGACACGAAGCCAGUGAUUUCCCAUGUAGAGUGGCCAAGCUUCCUAAGAACAAAAACCGAAACAGGUACAGAGAUGUCAGUCCCUUUGACCACAGUCGGAUUAAACUACAUCAAGAAGAUAAUGACUACAUCAAUGCCAGUUUGAUAAAGAUGGACGAAGCCCAAAGGAGUUACAUUCUUACGCAGGGCCCUUUGCCUAACACGUGUGGUCACUUUUGGGAGAUGGUGUGGGAGCAGAAAAGCAGGGGCGUGGUCAUGCUCAACAGAGUGAUGGAGAAAGGCUCGUUAAAAUGUGCGCAGUACUGGCCCCAGAAAGAAGAAAAAGAAAUGAUCUUCGAAGACACAAAUUUGAAACUAACCUUGAUCUCUGAAGAUAUUAAGUCGUAUUACACAGUGCGGCAGCUAGAAUUGGAAAACCUUACAUCUCAAGAAACUCGAGAGAUCCUACAUUUCCACUAUACCACGUGGCCUGACUUUGGCGUCCCAGAAUCGCCAGCUUCGUUCCUGAACUUCCUUUUUAAAGUCCGCGAGUCAGGGUCACUCAGCACGGAGCAUGGCCCUGUCGUGGUGCACUGUAGUGCGGGCAUCGGCAGGUCGGGGACCUUCUGUCUGGCUGACACCUGCCUCCUGCUGAUGGACAAGAGGAAAGAUCCUUCUUCUGUUGAUAUCAAGAAAGUUCUGUUAGAAAUGAGGAAAUUUCGGAUGGGACUGAUCCAGACAGCAGACCAGCUCCGUUUCUCCUACCUAGCUGUGAUCGAAGGUGCCAAAUUCAUCAUGGGAGACUCUUCAGUACAGGAGCAAUGGAAGGAGCUCUCCCACGAGGACCUGGAGCCCCCACCCGAACACGUCCCCCCUCCUCCCCGGCCACCCAAACGAAUCCUGGAGCCACACAAUGGGAAGUGCAAGGAAUUCUUCCCAAACCACCAGUGGGUAAAGGACGAAACCGGGGAGGAUAAAGAAGACUGCCCCAUCAAGGAAGAAACCAGAACCCCCUUAAACGUCCCUUGCAGCGUGGAAAGCACGAGUCCAGACACUGAAGUCAGAAGGCGGGUCAUGGGGGCAGGUCCUGCCCAGGGGGAGCCAUCACCACCCAAGGAGGAGCAGGACCAGGCGCUGACUCCCUGGAAGCCCUUCCUGGUCAACAUGUGCAUGGCCACGGUCCUCACGGCCGGCGCGUACCUCUGCUACAGGUUCCUGUUCAGCAGCAGCACAUAAUCUCCUCCACUCCACCUCCACCCCACUGUCCGCCUCCGUGCGUAGAGCCCGCGCCCGCCUAGCAGGCACGCCGUGGUAGGUAAGGGCCGAGGACAGCGUAGCCGGCCGUGACCUGGACGGACGUUUGUUCUGCACUAGAACCACCCUCCCCGGGCUGUUGGUCUUACCCCUUUUGACGGUGUCCCCCCUCCCUUUCCUUCGAGCACCAAAUCCGCAACCCCUUUUUUUGAGGAGAACGAAGGAGAGUAUGGGGCUGGUGGCCUGUGCGGAUCGCGAGGCUCGCCCUGCCCGGUGCGUGCUCUCGGCGUGGCCGGCGCGUCCGGGUGGGCAGGCAUACGCUGUCCUCCCGCGGACCUCUGCGGAGACUCCACUCCGUAUUUAUUGUUUGGUUUUUUCCCCAAAGGCGUCCGUAGUGCACUAGCAUUUUCUUAAACCAAUAAUGUAUU